CUGUCAAAAGAGUGCAUUUCUUUGCUGAUCGAAGGUGAGCUUCAAUUUCAAAUCUCUGUUUACUUGAGUUCAUCGUCUCUGAUUGGAUUUGUUUGUCUGAUGUGUUGUAUUGUAUGCGAGUACCUGUCUUUCUCCUUUUGUAAUACCUGUUCAAUACAAUACAAUCAUCCAUGGUGAACAUACAUUCAAUUCAAAUGCUUCAAAACUGAAAUCCAAGUAUCGUAUCACUUGUAAUGGCUUCACUUUCUCAGAAGCAGAGGCUAAUUGCGCCCAUAAUUAGGGCUUCCAUCCCAACCGAAUUACCCUUGCCGUUCGUCCCCUUUUCUCAGCUGCAGCAAAUCAAACAAUUGGAGUCCCAAGUCAUCCGCAACCUCCAUGGCUGCACCAGCCUCGCCCAAAUCAAGGAAACCCACGCUUACAUCAUCCGGAAAUGCCUUCACCAGUCGUCUUACAUCUGCGCAAAGCUCAUUCGUAUGCUAACCAAGCUAGACGUCCCGACGCAAUCCUACGGGGCUUCCGUUUUCUCGCAGGUGAGAUACCCUAAUCCUUUCCUGUACACGGCUUUGAUCCGAGGGUAUUUGAUUGGUGGGAUGCUUCGAGAAUCAGUGCGUGUUUAUAAAUCCAUGAGGGAACACAGCGUCACUCCCGUGUCGUUCACCUUCACAGCUUUUUUGAAAAUGGCAGCGGCUGAAAUGUACGCGAAUUUGGGUGUCCAGUUUCACGGUGAGAUGUUGAAGCUAGGUGUGUUCAGCGAGGAUGUGUACGUGGGGAAUGGUUUGAUCGACAUGUACGUUAAAUGUGGGUGGGUGGAUGCUGCGCGGAAGGUGUUCGACGAAAUGCCUGAACGGGAUUUGAUCUCUAGAACGUUGCUCAUCGAUGCUUAUGCCAAGGCUGGGGAUAUGGACACUGCACGAAAGCUGUUUGACGAAUUGCCAGUGAAAGAUGCCGUGGCGAGCACGGCAAUGGUAACCGGGUUUGUACACAAUGGUAAACCGAAGGAGGCGUUGGAGUAUUUCGAGAGGAUGCAAAGUGCCCGCAUGGCUACAGAUGAGGUUGCUCUUGUAGGUGUUAUCAAUGCCUGUGCACAGCUUGGCACAGUUAAGUACGCCGAAUGGGUUAGGAAUAUUGCCGAGAGUUCUGGUUUUAACCCAACAAAAGACGUGCAAAUUGGUUCGGCACUGAUUGACAUGUAUUCCAAGUGUGGCUGUGUCGACGAGGCAUGUAAGCUCUUUAAUGUCAUGCAAGAAAAGAAUGUUUAUUCCUACAGUUCAAUGAUCCUCGGCCUUGCCAUCCAUGGACGUGCAUCUUCUGCUAUAGAGUUGUUUGAGGAGAUGCUGGCGACUGAUGUGAAGCCCAAUGGAGUGACAUUUGUCGGGGUUCUUACAGCAUGUAGUCAUGCCGGGCUAGUCGAGCAGGGUAAACGUAUAUUUCAUAGUAUGGAGGCUUGCUAUGGUGUGAAGCCUUCUGUCGAUCACUAUAGUUGUGUGGUGGAUCUUUUGGGCAGGUCCGGAAAGUUAGAGGAAGCGGCUAAAAUUGUUGAAUGUAUGCCUGUUGAGGCUAAUUCGAGUAUUUGGGGAGCACUUCUGUCGGCAUGUCGGAUAAAUGUAAAUCCUGAAGUUGCUGAAGUUGCAGCAAGGCAUCUAUUCAAGCUUGAGCCUGAAAAUAUGGGUAAUUAUAUAUUACUGGCCGAUGUUUACGCCAAGGCUGGGAAAUGGGAAGAUGUUUUGAGGAUAAGAAAACUGACGAGGAAAAAGGGCUUGAGAAAAAGUCCCGGAUAUAGCUGGGUCGAAGGAGAGAAAGGUGUUGUUCAUGAAUUCUCGGCGUGGGAUGUGAUCCAUCCGAGGUUUGGUGAAAUUAGGGAGACAUUGGAGAAACUUAUCGACAGGUUAAAGAUGAAGAAGGGUUAUGAGCCGAAUUUGGGGUCUGUGAUGUACAAUAUAAGUGAUGAAGAGAAACGAAAAAUUCUGAUUUAUCACAGUGAGAAGAUGGCUUUAGCGUAUGCAGUGAUGACAACAGAGGAUGGGUCGACCAUACGUAUAGUGAAGAAUCUUAGGAUAUGUGAGGAUUGUCAUGCGUUCAUGUGUUGCGCGUCGGGAGUUUUAGGGAGGGAGAUAAUAGUUCGCGAUAACUUGAGGUUCCAUCAUUUCUUGGAGGGGAGUUGUUCUUGUGCUAACUUUUGGUAAUUGUCGAUGAGAG